AGGCAAUGACGCUGUGUUCCGUUACCAAGGCAUUCUCAAGGCAAACUUAGCUAAAAAGCUAAGCUAACAGAUCUGCAAGAUAAUCUUAUAGCUAUGAUAUAGCGACAAUUUAGCAUCUUUAACGAGCUGAAAAUACACAGAAAAGGGUUUCCUACAUCCCGAGUCAACAUAUUUUGUCUAAAGCUUUUAGUUUGUUCCUAGAGUUGUCUAAAUUAGAGUCAGAAAACCAAUAUUUCCUUUGGAAAAGCUCGGUCUACAAGCUACACAGCCAUCAUGGCUGACUUUGGAUUCAAUGAACAUCACCAGAAUGAAAUUAUUAAUUACAUGCGAUUUGCCCGUUCAAAGAGGGUCCUUAGGCUCAAGACUAUUGACUCAUGUUUUGAGGAACUCAAAGAUAGCAGGUUGGUGGAAGAGACAUUCACAGUGGAUGAGGUUAGAGAGAUGAUGGACGGGCUGCAGAUGGUGGUGCGUGGAGAGGUGGAGAUGGAGCUCAUCAACACAGCCCACACUAACGUGCUGUUGCUCAGGCAGCUUUUCUCCCAGGCUGAGAAGUUUUACCUCCGACUCCAGAGUGACAUCUCAGAACUGGAGAACAGGGAAUUGUUAGAGCAAGUGGCUGAAUUUGAGAAGACGGAUUUUAAAACCAUCAACAAGUCUCAGAUUAACCAGGAAACGAUUAAACCCAAGCUGGCGCCGCUUAAUGAAGGUGGGGUGUCCGAACUCCUUAAUAAGGAAAUAACAAGACUACAAGAAGAAAAUGACAAACUGAAAUCCCGGCUCCGGACGCUGGAGUCCCAGGCCACGAGUGCUCUAGAAGAGAAAACAAAGGCAGCGAGAGCUCUGAAAGACCUCCAGAAGGUGCAAGGUGAACAGAAGUUUUCCACUCAAUCCCAGGAGAUCAACAGCCUCGAGAGCACGGUAGCAGCUCUGAAAGAGGACUAUGAAAGAUCUCUGAGCGCCAGUGCUGCAUCCCAGAAGGAUCUUCAGGAGAACCUGAUCUCGGCCAAACACGAGCUUCUGCGAGUGCAGGAGCAGCUGGCCUUAGCAGAGAAGGAGUUGGACAAGAAGUUCCAGCAAACUGCAGCGUACCGCAACAUGAAGGAGAUUCUAAGCAAGAAGAACGAGCAGAUCAAAGAAAUUAGGAAACGGUUGCAAAAGUAUGAGCCUGACGAAUGAGUUCUCCACAUAUCAUCAAGUGAGAUGGGACCAGAUCUGUGUUGUGGACAAGAAACCAUCAGUUCCGGUGUUGUGAAGACAACAUUUAUGUUUGCUUUAUCUGGAGUUUUCUGUGCUUAUUGGCUUUAUGAGCAGAAGCAGGAAGCCUGGCGUCACACAGAACUGGAUACAGGACAUUUAGCUUUUUUCUGUUUGAACAUUGAACUCACCUUCAGUAGCUACCAGAUUCCCUCAGUGCUCUAUGCAAUUACCAGUAUUUCCUGUUUAAUGGGGCCUUUUCCUUUUGCUGAACUGUGAAGUGUUAAUCAGCAUUAUAAAAUUAAUCACUGAUUUAUUUUAGCGACAUGUUAUCAAAAUCUAAACCACCGUAGUCUAUUUGGCCGUUUGAUGUCACUUUAGCUUUAUUCUGCUGACUAAACAUUUGGUAAUAUUUCACAUUUAAUUUCUAUCUGUGAUGACUUUGGAAGUCAGAGCGUAAAGUAUAAUGCAUUAAUUAUUCUAUUUUCUUUCUGCUCUUACAUGUAGAUCUACAGGGCAUAGGAUAUUUUCUGUGUGGAAUCUGUGUAUUUUUUGUAUUGCUGUAUAUACAUGACUUUCAUGACAGAAAUGCUCUUGUAGAGUGUGGCACAUCUACUGUUACACGAGAUGUGUUUAUUUGGAUUGCGUAAAAUAUGGGGUAAUAAAAAGUGUGGCUGAAAAUAGUUUUGCUCAGAGUGAAUUUCCUCUUGAUUGGUGCUAGUACGUAAGAAUUAAAACACUCUUGAUGCU